GUCCGCGCGAGGGAAAGGAGAGACCCUGGUCGGGGGCGAGUCCCCCCUCCUUGGCGGCGAGGACGACCCCCGUGCCGGCCGGGAGCAGAGCUCCGAAGUAGAAGGGGGCGAUCCGUGCAGAGCCAGCGGGGGGCGGCCGCCCGCUGCCUCCGCCUCCGAGCACACUCUCAGCAGCACUUCGGGACUUUGGAGGCAGAGCGGAGGGGGUGAGCUCAUGGAGUAGGCGCCCUGCAUCCUCUCCGGUACUCACAGCAGCAGAGGACGCUCCGGGGAGAGAGGAGCGGCGGCCCCCGGCCUGUCGGGAGCGGCGAGAACUGCCCGCCCCGCCACUUCCUGGUGCCCAGACAGUGGAACAGGGCAGAGCCCGUCCGCGCAGCUCCCCCGCGGACAGAAGGAGCCCUCCACUCCCGAAACAGCCAGCUUGGGGGGGAGGGGGACUCCCCCAAGGGGGAGGAGACAACUCCUGGUUGGGAGAGGCUCCUCCCCUCCUCCCCAGCGUCACGGGCAGGGUGUGGGGGGUGUGCCACCUUCCCCAGGUAGGACCUCCUUCUCCUCCUCCCCCUCUCCCUCCCCCUCCCCACUCCGCUCCUCAUCCUCAGGGGACCCAGAUCCCCUCCCCAGCUUGGGAGGCUCCGCCAAGAACGGGAAGAGCCACCGAGGAGGAUGAGACUCUUCAGCUGCCUUUGAAGAGGGGGAUCCCUCCAACCCCAAACUCCAGGACCAGGUGGUUCCCUCCCUUUGCUGGGGGAACCUUGGAGACAGUACUGUAGUCUUCCUUAGACGCCCUGUGGAUGUGAUGGAGCCUGCCCUUUGGCUGCCUUUCCCAGUUUCUAUGGGUAUUUCCUUUCAGUCUUCCAGCACGCAGAGAAGAAUGUGGCCUGACUCAGGUUCUGCCCAAGCCCAGUGGCACGAGGCCCACCUGGAGAGAGAGGUCUGGGUAACUAGAACCCAGAAGAACCAUGGCUUCUGAUCUAGAGAGUAGCCUCACCUCCAUAGACUGGCUCCCCCAGCUGACCCUCCGAGCUACCAUUGAGAAGCUAGGGAGUGCUUCCCAGGCUGGGACUCCAGGGGGCAGCCGCAAGUGUCCACCAGGCUCACCCACAGAUCCCAAUGCCACCCUGAGCAAAGAUGAGGCAGCAGUCCACCAGGAUGGCAAACCACGAUACAGCUACGCCACCCUCAUCACCUAUGCCAUCAACUCCUCUCCAGCCAAGAAGAUGACCCUCAGCGAGAUUUACCGCUGGAUCUGUGAUAACUUCCCCUAUUACAAGAAUGCUGGCAUUGGUUGGAAGAAUUCAAUUCGGCACAACCUUUCUCUCAACAAGUGUUUCCGGAAGGUGCCCAGACCCCGGGAUGACCCUGGGAAGGGCUCUUAUUGGACCAUCGACACUUGUCCCGACAUCUCCCGGAAGAGGAGACACCCACCAGAUGAUGACCUAUCCCAGGACUCACCAGAACAGGAGGCAAGCAAGAGCCCUCGGGGAGGUGUUCCAGGGAGUGGAGAAGCCUCACUGCCUCCAGAAGGGAAUCCUCAGAUGUCACUGCAGAGCCCCGCAUCUAUCACCAGCUAUAGCCAGGGCCCAGGAUCUGUGGAUGGUGGAGCAGUGGCUGCAGGGGCUCCAGGCCGAGAAAGUGCUGAGGGUCCCCCUCCCUUGUAUAACACCAACCAUGACUUCAAAUUCUCCUACUCAGAGAUCAAUUUUCAGGAUCUGAGCUGGUCCUUCCGCAACCUCUACAAAUCCAUGCUGGAGAAGUCCUCUUCCUCCUCUCAGCAUGGCUUUUCCUCUCUCCUGGGGGACAUGCCACCCUCUAACAACUACUACAUGUACCAGCAGCAGCAGCCGCCUCCUCAGCAGCAGCAGCAGCAACAGCAGCAGCAGCAGCAGCCGCCACAGUCACAAUCCCAACAAUCACAGCCACAGCAGCAGCCGGCACCAGCCCAGGGCCCCUCAACUGUAGCGGGUGCUCCUCCACUGCACACCCCAAGCCCAGAUGGUUGUGCCCCACCAGGGGGGAAGCAGGCUGGUGCUGAAGGCUAUGGGCCUCCCUCUGUGAUGGCCAUGCAUCCACCCCCACUUCAGCAUGGAAGCUACCUCCCUCAUCAGCACCAUCCCCACACCCAUUCUGCCCAGCAGCCGCCGCCACCACAACCACAGGCACAAGGCCAGGCUCCUAUCAAUAGUACUGGUUUUGCCUUUCCUCCUGACUGGUGCUCCAAUAUUGACUCCUUAAAGGAAAGCUUCAAGAUGGUGAAUCGGCUCAAUUGGUCCAGCAUUGAGCAGUCACAGUUCUCAGAACUGAUGGAGAGUCUGCGACAGGCAGAGCAGAAAAACUGGAGCCUGGACCAGCAUCACAUUGCCAAUCUGUGCGACUCCCUCAACCACUUCCUUACUCAGACUGGUCACGUGCCCCCUCAGGGGGGUUCCCACCGGCCACCAGCCCCUGCCCGAAUUGCUGACUCCUGUGCCCUCACCAGUGGCAAACAAGAGCCAGCCCUAAACCAAGUGAACUCUUAUGGGCACCCACAAGCCCCCCACCUAUACCCUGGCCCAUCACCGAUGUAUCCAAUCCCCACCCAGGACUCGGCAGGAUACAAUCGCCCAGCACACCAUAUGGUCCCGCGACCGCCGGUUCCACAUCCUGGUGCCAACGAGGAGAUCCCUGAUGACUUCGACUGGGACUUGAUCACUUAGUGCAUCGCAGAGUGUGACUCUCAGCCCAGGGCUGGGUGGUGAAGCCUGGCAGUGGGGAAAGAGCAGCCCCAGCCCAUCCCUUCUCCCCUUGCCUGUGUACAGAUAUCCUAUAUAUCCUCUUGUUUUGUUCUUUCUCUGUCAGAGAAGUCACCGCAAGAUGCUGCCGAAGAUAACCCCUUUGUCCUGCCUCAUCCUUCCUCUUUCUUCUUGUUUUCCCCCUGAUUCUUUUAUUCUUAUUAUGUUACUAUUACGAUUAUUGGUUAUAUGCGGUCCCCGGUCUCCUAUCCCUAUACCAUCAACCAUGUGCACCCCUUGCUAAUUUAAAAUCAUCUGGCUGGAAAGGCGAGGCCAUGAUAGCUACA